AUGACUGAAAUUAAUAUCUACUGCUACGUCGUUUUCAUUCUUCUCAGCAUUACAGUACAAGUAAAAUCUCAAAUAUGUAAGAAUGCUGCUCAAUAUGAUCGAUGCUCGACAAAUAGUGCGUGUGGCUGUUUUUCCAGAGUAGGCACUAAUGGUGAUAGCGGUGUUUGUGGUUUCCUCUGGCCCACAUGUUCUUCUCUUGUACCAUGUAACACCUCAGAUAACUCAUGUGCUCAAUCCAAUACAGUCUGCGUUCAACAUCCUCGAUGUCAUGAUCUUCCACUUUGCUAUCCAGUUACAAUGAGUAAACAAAAUAUCUGUCCACCAACGAUAAAUAAGAUCAACUCUAAAUGGAAACAACAUGGAAUUACUGUUGCUGGAGGAAAUCAAUACGGAGAUCAAUCAAACCAACUCAAUACUCCUACUGGGAUUUAUAUCGAUGAUAAUGAAGCCAUUUUGAUUGCUGAUACUGGGAAUAAUCGUAUUGUUGAAUGGAAAUAUAAUUCCAACAGUGGUGAAAACAUUGCAGGCAGCAAUGACGACGGAGAUAGACCAGAUCGAUUGUUUAUGCCAACGGACGUAACUGUUGACAAACAAAAAAAUGCGAUAAUCAUAUGUGAUUCUGAGAACGCACGAGUAAUGCGGUGGUUCCGUCAAAGUCAAACAAACCCACAAAUUCUCAUUUCUCAUAUUGCAUGUGGUGGUGUCGCACUAGACAAAGAUGGGUCUCUUUAUGUUUCUGAUAAGAAAAGGUCUGAAGUAAAACGAUGGAAACAAGGAGAUAUAGAUGGAACACUAGUUGCAGGUGGCAGUGGUGAGGGAAAUCUUCCAAAUCAAUUGCAGGGACCUAGCAAGAUCUUCGUCGAUGCAGAUUAUUCUAUUUAUGUAGCGGAUACUAACAAUCAUCGUAUAACGAAAUGGAAAAAAGAUGCAAAAGAAGGAAUUAUUGUUGCUGGCGGAAAUGGUCAAGGAGAUAGUCUCAAUCAAUUAUUUCAUCCUCAAGGACUGAUUGUUGAUAAACUCGGUCAAAUCUUUAUUGCAGACACUGUAAAUCACCGAGUUAUGCGAUGGUAUGAAGAAGAUACAAACGGUUCAAUUGUUGUUGGUGGAAAUGGUAAAGGAAAAGAACCAAAUCAAUUACACUAUCCCCAAGAUCUGUCAUUUGAUGUUCAAGGAAAUCUUUAUGUUGCUGAUUCUGCUAAUCAUCGAAUUCAAAAAUAUGAACUAUAUAUUGAAUAA